CAUACCAGCACCAUGCUGAGAUUAGUUAUUAUUGCAGCACUGGUGACAGUUCUGUUUGCAAGUCCAGUGGAGAAGGAUGGAAACGGGAAAAUUGCUUUAGAGAGUCUUCAGGAACUGCUGGACGACGCUGACAUCGACGAAACAAACCCCAGUAAUAGAGGUUUUGAGGAAAACGAAAUAGACUUCAAGGCAGACGAUGGAGAUGAAGGCGAAAGUAAGGAAGACAGUUCUACUGUAGAAAGUGGAGAAAGCUCUGAAGAAGAACCGGAUGAAACCAAACCUUCAGAAAGAGGCUUCUCCGAGGGCGAGGAAAAAGCAGAGCGAGCUUUUGAUAGCUCCCUGGCAUCAUCAAUGUUCCAACUGGAUGAAAUGAUAAGCUCAGCAAAUCCAGGAAUGAAGACCUCAAAACGAAGCAUGGAAGACAUGGAUAUGCUAGAUGGUGAUGUUAAGUUGGACAAAGAAUCUGCAGCCGAACUUGUAGAAUUUUACAAAAGAAAUCCUCAAUUCCUAAGACUUAACAACAACGGAUCGGAACCAGCUCCACCUGAGCCAUUUGACAAACGGAAAGUGUACAAUGUUCCAAAGUGGACUUUUCCAAUCAGAUAUAGAAUGCAAAUUGCCUCUUCUUCACACAGAAAUCUGAUAAGACGGGCAGUGAACAUCUGGCGAACGCAAACCUGUAUUUCAUUCGUCGAAAGAUCAUCAAUCUCUGCACCAGCAAUCAAUUUUAAGGAAAACGAAUCUGGAUGUUGGUCUUAUGUUGGCAAAAGACGUUCUGGUAUUAACGACAUAAACCUCCAAAAUGGCUGUAAAUACUUAGGAAUAAUCCUCCAUGAGAUCGGACAUGCCCUGGGUUUGUGGCACGAGCAAAGCAGACAGGACAGAGAUUACUUUGUCUCGAUAUUAACAAAUAACAUUAGAAGCGGAACUGAACACAACUUUUUGAAAAGACCCGGAGUAACCUACGGAACAAGAUAUGACUAUGGAUCAGUUAUGCACUAUUCUGACACGGCUUUUGCGAAGUCAAGUGGCUUGAAGACAAUCGUAGCCAAACAGAGAGAUUAUUCAAAAACAAUGGGACAAAGAGCUGGUUUAUCAUUUAAUGAUAUCCGAGCCAUUAACUACCACUAUUGUCAGAGUAGAUGCUCAGGAGGAUUGACAUGGUCGAGAUGUAGAAACGGCGGUUAUAGAAAUCCUAGAAAUUGUGGACGUUGCAAAUGCCCGGAAGGAUGGAUUGGACAAUAUUGCCAGUAUCCCAAGAACCCAUCAACCUCUGCAUGUGGAUCUAAGUAUCGAAAUGCCGCCUCAACUUACAGAUAUCUAAACACACCUGGGUAUUUCAGUCCGGGAAGAUAUCCAAAUAAUGCCGAUUGUACCUGGAGAAUUCUAGCUCCUUCAGGAAAACGUGUUCGACUGGAAUUCGUUGGGACUUUUAAUUUAAGGUGCAACACGAGGUGCUUAGAUUAUGCAGAGGUUCGUUUCAGCAGUGUGUCAAACACAGGGCCGAGGUAUUGCUGUUACCGAAGACCAACAAGAGUAUUUUACUCCCGUGGCCGAGUAAUGCUGCUCCUAUUCAGGGCAGAUGCCAAUUACGUAGCAAAGGGUUUCCGGGCAAGAUACAGAUAUAUCUAA